UAUAAAGGUACUAAUAAAGGUUAUUUUCGACUUAUUUUAGAUGAUUUCAUUGGAAUGCGUUGUAUGGCACCUUAUCCUGGCGUUAACCUUCCAGUUUCUCAUCAUACAGCAAUCAUUUUGGAAGUUCUACAAAUGGACAGUGUUCGAGUUUUAUAUAGCCAUCCAAUGCUGAACAGUAUGCGACCAUGUUCUCAUUUUCUUGCUGGGACGUGUCGUUUUGAUGAGAAAUGCAAAUUUAGCCAUGGCGAGAUUUUUUCAUUGACUGUCGGAAGUCUGGUUUUGGUUGCGGUUGGAUCGCCGUCUACAUUGUGGGAGGUUGGACGGUUGAUAGCCAUUGAUAAUGGUGAAGUUGCUGUGAGGAUUUUGAAAAGCAACGGUGAAGUCUCGUCAACGUUGGAUCAGAUUGUCCCACUGGAUGGAGAACUUGAAGAGAAAAAUGACUCAUGGAAAGAGCAAAAAGGAGAUCGGUGUGGGAACGUAACAGUUGGCGAUAUGGGGAACUGGCACGGUGGCGGGUUCGGCUUAAAGCUCAUGCAGAAAAUGGGUUACAAGAUUGGAGAGGGACUCGGCAAAAACAGUGACGGUAUUGUGCAUGCUAUUCAAGCCAAAAUAUGUCCUAAGAACAGUUCGGUCGAUGCGUGCAUGAAUUCCCGAACCCGAGUGAAGACAAGGGUACGCGAAGAGAUGAAACACGCUCAUACUUCAUUAGAUGUGGAUAUUUUCACUUUUAUAAAUAGAAAGCUUGAAGUACAGCCUGAUAAGUCGGAACACGACGAGCUUGAGGAGCAUAGAGUUCUUGCGAAGAGCAGUUCGAAGUCACUUGGUGUCAAAGGCAUCGAUCUUGAAUACGAGUUAAAGCAGCUGCGAAGUAAGGAGAAGAAGUUACGAGAUGGUAUCUUCCGGAACCGGCAAGAUAAGCGUACUGUAGAACGACUAAAGGUAAGCCUAGCGGAUGUAGAACAAUCAAUCCAGAAGGUGCAGGCGAAGCAAGCACGUGUUCAGACAGAGCUGGGCAACCGUCAGAAGAGGAAAAAAGAUAUUUUUUAA